AUCAAACAAACCAGUGGCCGCACCAUUACUUCUCCGUUUUCAACCACCUAUCGUCCGACCCGAUUUGAUUCGCCACUACCGUUCCCUUUAGCACCGAUUGUUCUCACCGUUUCAUCACUCUUGACACUCUCCUGAUUAAGCUAUGGUUCGAAUGAGAAACCAAGGGAACCGCAACUCUUUACCACCCCACGUCCUCGAUGGCAGUCGUAGGUUUACUGCGUCGAUAUUCGUCUAAGUUCCAAGUUACUUCGAUUCCGUGCCUCCAUCACCUUCUCCUCACUGCAGUGGACAUCGACAGCAGGUACCUAUACCUUCCCUCUUUGAAACCGAGCCAAUUCAUAUUACUCCCACCGCCUCGCUUGAUGCAUCACCGUCGGCCAGCCAGUCCUCUAGGCUGUAAGGUGCUACCGGUCCUUUACGACCACGACAACACUGUCCUUCACUGGCGUUCUCAUCUUCCUUUUAAUCAAUGCCGACUAUCACAUCAUCCCAAUCGAUGUCGGAUGCUAUCCCGUCUUAUUUGAUGUAUUCGACAUUGCCAGAAUAACCCGACGAGGUAAAUUUUGAAUCAAUAUCUAUUAUGCCUUUACUAAUGUACCGUCCCGUUUAUGAUUAUACAAAGGAUUUCGACAUUGGCUUUCUGAUCGAGGAAAACCCGACAACGCCUCAUGAAAAUGCUUUAUCGUCACAUUAUCAUCCCAGAAAGCCUUCAUUGUCUUCAUUUGCAGCAAGCUCUGGUAAAAUUCUCAGUCCAUCUGAUGACCCACCACCACAUGUCGAAAACCCGAGCGACACCAAAGUGGUCGAACCUAUACUGUCCCAACCGAGGAGGAAUUGCAAGGUUCUUGCAAUUCGACAACGAUGAACAAGUACGGUUCAACAACAUCCGACAUCGAGUUUGACGCCGAUGCCGUCUACUUGACUCUUACUAGCUUGGUGGGGCAAACUUACAACGCCCAGAUAAUGAAAGAGUGGCAUAUCCAUGAACCGAAACUUCACUACAUCCAUAGGUUUCUUGCUUACAACUACUCAGGACGUAAUGGCACUACUUCUUGCUUGAGUAAGUUUGAGUUAUUCUUUUUGUGGUGUAUGCUUACCGAAACUAAGGUAAACUUGGGUUUUUGGUUUGCUCGCGCCUUUGAGCGUGUUGUGUGCUCCAAUCGCCCACUUAUUCUCAACCUAUACAUUACAAAUCUUGCCAUUCAUGUUUUUCCAUUGACUUUCGAUAUUUCACAAUUCACUUUUGUAUUUUCUAUGGAUGGUUUAGAUGAGCGAUGCUUGCAAACGAUGGAGCUACUUGCUGGCAAUCCCAAAGCUCCAUACUUUGUUCCUCCCGACACCAUAACUCCUCGUGGCGAUCGUGUUUAUAUUUUGAGGGUAGCACCUUCACCACCGGAAGACAGUCCACAACCAGAUGUACAAGCUCAAAUCAAUGAAGUGUAUGGUCAUCUGAACUCCAUCGAGACAAACAUUGCCAAAAUUCUAUCAUAUCUUUGCUAAGGCGCUUCCCGUCGCGGUCGCGGUCUUGGUCAUUAUUAGA